AUGGUUGCAUCGAUCGGACACCAAAUCUGUAUUGACAGAGAUUGGGUUCCGGAAAUCUUCAGAGGAGAUGCUCUUACAUCGGUCAAUGCUUGGGUGCGAAGAAUCGACCAGUUUGCGAUGCUGGCAGGUCCGGUUAUUGCUUCACUGGCGAUUGAUCAUAUCAGCCCUUGGGUCGGAGGCAUUGCGAUUGCCGUGUGGAAUAUUUUAUCCGUUUUCGUUGAAUAUUAUUUUAUGAAGAAGAUUUAUAAUUUCUUCCCCUCGCUUUCGGAGAAGGAGACUCCGAAAGAACAAGAUGAAAGUGGGAUGGCUGAUUGGAUCACAGCUUACUCUCACUGGUACACCUCCCCCGUAUUCUUACCUGGCCUUGCUCUGGCGAUUUUGUAUUCCAACAUCUUCCAACUAUCUUACCUUGCUCAAGCUUACAGUACUAGCCACUGCGUGACAACUAUUUGGUACGAAUCAUGGGUUAAAAGCUAUGGACUGACAAAAGUGGCUAUCCUUGGCGCUAUUCUUCAUUUUUCAUUCGUGAUUAUUACCGUUGUUGGGCUUUUCGUACCUGGAAGUAUGUACAUGUUCUACCUCGGCGUUUCGUCUGCUGACCAAUGUCCUCAACAACUCAACGAAACAGCCCUCGCUGAGUACGAAUUCAAGCCAACAACUGAUGAUAACUGGAUCACCGACUUUACAACUCCUUGCACGCCUCCUGAUAAUCUGUUGAGCAUUCUGUUGAUGCUCUUUGCCUGCGCCUUGUCAAGAGUCGGUCUGUGGACGUUUGAUCUCGCAGUUAAUCAAAUGUUUCAAGAAUGGGUUGAUGUGGAUAAGCGAGGCAAAGUGUCUGGAGCGCAAAAUGGAAUCCAGUACGUUUUCGAUUGUGUUCAUUAUGGCUUGAUUUUCGUUUGGUCGAGUCAAUGCGAGUAUGGACACGGGGUUAUUGUUACUGCAAUCCUUAUGCUGAUAGGAUACGGACGAUUCGUACAACACGGCCUGACAACAAAUAACGAACACGAAGCUCUUCCAACUGACGAAAAGCCUACAAGCAGAGAAGACGUCGUACUAGAGUGCUAG